GGGGAAUAAAAAGGGAAAGUGUAGAGGGGCAGUAGCAGCAGUAGUGAAAAGAGGGAAAGCAGUUGGGAGAGAAGAACGAGUUUCAGCAGUUUGCUUUGCUUGCCUUCAAUUUCCACUAUAGCGUGCUAUUCAUACACAAAUAUUCAUCAAGGGUAUUUUCGUCAUAAAAUUUAUCAUCUUCUCAUGUUCAAUCCUUCUAUACCGCCACCAAUUUCACCACCGGCGCCGGCGGACUUACCGGAAUUCUGGCGGAGGCUCCUCCUCUCAAUGCCGCCGUUAUUCAACUAGCCUCCGCCUUGACUCACCGGAACUCAAUUGCAGUAAACAGUAGAGUGAAAGAAGCGAAUUGAUGAUUUAAACCCUAGAAUUUUAUAUAGAGAGAGAAGUUGAUAAAUGAAAGCUCUACGACGAAGUCAAACUUCGUCAUCGUCGUCUUCGUCUUCGAAAUCGUCGGCGUCGUCGUCGCCGUCGUCGUGGAUACAUUUGAGAUCAGUUUUGUUUGUGGUUACUUCGUCUUCUCCGGCCUCUUCUUGUUCUUCUUCUGAUCGGAGUCGUCUUAAAUCUCCAUGGUCUCGUAGAAAGAGAAAACAUGCACUUUCACCUCAGCAAUGGAGAAGGUUGUUUACGCCAGAUGGGAAACUUCGUGAUGGCGGAGUCCGAUUUUUGAAAAAAAUACGCAGUGGGGGUGUUCAUCCUAAUUUGAGGGCAGAAGUCUGGCCAUUUCUUCUAGGAGUUUAUGACUUGAAUAGUUCCAAAGAGGAAAGAGAUAUUUUACGAACAAAGAGGAGGAAGGAAUACGAGAAACUCAGAAGACAGUGUCGCCGACUUCUAAAAUCCAAUGACAAUUUAAAUAUAAAGGAAACUGGUAGAACCAGCAACAGCGAAGAUGGCGGAACUUUCACCCAAAGCAUGGAUUCUGCUGAUUCUGAAGAUGUUGUCAGUGCUAGGGAAUCUCUAUCCAGUGAAGAUAUGAGCCCAUCUAUUGACUACUCGAAUGACUUCAGUAAUGCAGCACUUGAUAGAUAUGAUGGUUCAAAACGAAUCACAGAUCCUAAUACUUCUGAUACAGAGUCAUCAGACUCGGACUCGUCUGUAGAAGUAAGCAUUAGUUUUUCCUCGACAGCUCUUAAGGAGGAGAAUGAUCCUGAGAUGCUCUCUAGUGAAGACUCCUCUUCAAAUAUGGAAAAUCGAUCAAACAUUAGCAUAUCAGAAGAUUUUGCUACUUGGCAGCGUAUUAUACGGCUAGAUGCAAUCCGUGCCAAUGAAGAAUGGGUACCAUAUUCUCCAACUCAGGCUGCAGUUUCAGAGGAAAGGGCAAGACGUUCUGCUGAAGUUGUUGGGCUUAAGGAUUACGAUCACCUUGAGCCUUACAAAAUCUUUCAUGCUGCUCGACUUGUUGCUAUUCUAGAAGCUUAUGCCCUGUACGACCCUGAAAUUGGCUACUGCCAAGGAAUGAGUGAUCUGCUUUCACCAAUUAUUACAGUGAUAACAGAGGACCACGAAGCUUUCUGGUGCUUUGUUGGUUUCAUGAAGAAGGCUCGGCAUAAUUUUAGGCUUGAUGAGGUCGGGAUUAGAGGGCAAUUGAGUAGAGUGUCUAAAAUUAUUAAAUUUAAAGAUUCUCAUCUGUUUAAACAUUUGGAGAAGCUUCAGGCAGAGGAUUGCUUUUUCGUUUAUAGGAUGGUGGUGGUUCUCUUCAGGAGGGAAUUAACAUUCGAACAAACAAUUUGCCUCUGGGAAGUAAUGUGGGCAGAUCAGGCAGCGAUUCGGGCUGGGAUCGGGAAGUCUGCAUGGAGUAGGAUAAGACAGCAAGCCCCACCAACAGAAGAUCUGUUGCUUUAUGCUGUUGCAGCAUCUGUAUUGCAGAAGCGGAAACUUAUUAUAGAAAAGUACAGUAGCAUGGAUGAGAUAAUUAAAGAGUGUAAUGGCAUGGCAGGACAUCUAGAUGUAUGGAAGCUCCUGGACGAUGCUCACAACUUGGUGGUCACCCUUCACAACAAGAUCGAGAACCCCCUUCCUGGUAUAGCUUAAGUCUGGAGGUUUUCCUUUCGCUAAUUUAUCUUUGAUACCUUCACCUGGCCUUGAAUUAUGAGGUUACCCUUCCAAGUCCUCUCAAACCGAUGCUUCAAGCGAGCAUAUGGGUGUAUUUACUGUUAUAUGAUGGUUAUUUUGACGCUUCCUCACUUCAAGAAUAAAAGGGUUAAAGUGUAAGAUUUAUGGAGAGAUUCCACUGCUCUUUUUUCUUUUUCUUUUGGGGAGGGGAGGGAGUGUCAAUAUAUACCGUCUAUCUAUCUUCUGAACUAAAAGGAUUGGAACAGUGAUAAAUGAUCAUACAUUUCUAAUCAA